GAAAACACGACCUGAUUUGUUAGCCGGCCGGCAAAUUAAUAUUUCUUCAAUAAACAGUAAACUAUGAGUCGCACAGAGCAAAUUUUUGAGGACUUGAAAUCCCACUUUCGAAGUCACAGUAAAGUUAGGGAGCAGCGGGCACAUCUGAACAAGGUACACUCGGUUUGCUGGAACGCCGACGGUAGGUACUUGGCAACCGGGUCCUUCGACAAGACUGCUGUGGUUUAUUCUCUCGAACGGGAUCGUUUUAUGAAGUCCCACGUUUACCGUGGUCACACUGCAUCUGUGGACCAGCUUCGCUGGCACCGCACCAACCCAGAUCUAUUCGCCACUGCUAGCGGCGACAAGACUGUACGCAUCUGGGACAACCGCACAACUAAAUCUGCUGGGGUGACAAACACGAAGGGAGAAAACAUCAACAUCGCCUGGUCACCGGAUGGAAAGACAAUUGCCGUAGGCAACAAGGAGGAUCUUAUCACAUUUAUAGACACGCGCACCAACAAAAUUCGUGCGGAGGAGCAAUUCGCCUUCGAGGUGAACGAGAUCUCGUGGAACAUGACGAAUGACUUGUUCUUCCUCACCAAUGGACUGGGUUGCAUGCAUGUCUUGAGCUAUCCCAGUAUGGAGCACCAGGUGACGCUCAAAGCUCACCCCGCUAACUGCAUUUGCAUCGAGUUCGGCCCAACGGGUAAAUAUUUUGCGACAGGCUCGGCGGAUGCCCAAGUAUCGUUGUGGGAUGCUCAUGAGCUGGCCUGCCUGCGAAUUAUUAGCCGCCUGGAGUGGCCUGUUCGCACAAUAUCCUUUAGCCACGACGAAAGGUUGAUGGCCUCAGCUAGCGAGGAUCUCCUGAUUGACGUAUGCUAUACAGAGACGGGGGAGCGUGUAACUGGUGUCCACGUUGACGCCUCUACCUUUACAGUGGCCUGGCAUCCUAAGCAAUAUCUUCUUGCAUAUGCCUGCGACGAAAAGGAAAGCGGAGAUAGGAGAAGAGAUGCUGGCAAUGUUAAAGUAUAUGGUUUCCCAGAAUAGUCUUAAGCUUAUAAUACUGGAACAUUUUAUAGUAAAUAAAUUAAUUUUUCGGCUAUAAA